AUAUCUAAACUUUCAGUUGCAAGUGCAAACAACAUCAGAUGUUAUCUAACUUCCAACUGUGUUCUUUUUUUAUUAUUUUAUUCAAAAAUAGCAGUUACUUCCUCGAGCAGAUACAAAGUGAUAGAACCGUUUAGUUGAAGUUGAACCACGGGGCCAAAACAACUAACUUUUUCCAGGAAGGAAAACCGAGAUGAUCCCAAAAACGAAUCCCAUUUCUAUCAUGCAAUUUUCUAGGAUUUUUGUGAGCCUCCUUUCUGCAUAUAAAGUUUCGCUUAAAAGAUCUGUGGUUUGGUGCUCUUAAAUGCAAUUCUGUAGAUACGUCCCGCCUUGGAUCUGUCAUCUUUUUGCAUGCAUGGGAGCAGAGGCUGUUUUGGAUGCUUAACUAAAAGCACACAGAUUACUUCCAUGGAUGAGCCAUUAGACAGAUUGAAAAUUCAACGAAAAACAGUGAAGAAACCUAGCAUAGACGAUUUCUGGAGCUCUAGCAGUGGUGAGGUGGACAACAAUGAGAUUCAGUCCAGAAUUGUGUCAUCAGUUUGUGCAUCAAACCAAUCCCUUCAUACUGUCAAUGGUUCUGGUAGCACAAGCAUGCCUUCUGAAUUUGUGAAUCAUGGUCUUCUUCUCUGGAACCAGACACGGCAGCAAUGGCUUGCAAACAAAAGUUCUCAAAGUCGAAAGCAAGUUCAAGAACCUACAAUAAGUUGGAAUGCUUCUUACGAAAGUUCACUGGGAACUAGCAAGCCUUUUGCUCAACCAGUCCCUCUCCCGGAAACGGUGGAUUUUCUUGUUGAUGUUUGGAAAAAGGAGGGUUUGUAUGACUGAGGAGACACACUGAGGCUUAAUUUGGUUUUUUUUUUUCCACAGUUGAUCAACUUUUUCCUCAUUUCAAUAGGUUCUCUGUACAAAGGCAUCUGAUGAUUGUACUUAUCAGAAACUCAAUGAUUGUGGUGGAAGUUUCUUAUGGAGACAGAAAGAUAAUUUAAUUAAAAAGUUUAGCCCCCAAAAUGGACCUACAUUCAACUACUCCAUAUGACUCUAUGAAGUAAUUGCAACGUGUUUUGUAUUUGUUUUUAUGGAUGAUAUUAAAGAUUAGAGAUAGAGAUGAGUCUAAUUCCAAAUGAAAUCAUCUCAUCUCUUUGCC